AUGAUGAAUGGGGAAACUAUUGAGAGUAAAAUAUUAGAAAUUUUAGAUAAUAAUUUGAUUAAUGAUGAAGCUAAAUUAACUAAAAUUCACUCAUUAAUUUCUCAAAAGAAUCAAAAUAAUGAAAAGGAAAAAAAUGAAGAAGAAGGAGAAGAAGAGACAAAAAAUGAAUCAAGUUCAAUUAAUAAUAGCAUUGUAGAAAAUGAAAAAAGUGAAUUUAUACCAAUUAUAACUUCAUCUCCAUCAAAAAAAAAGAAACAAAUUGAUGAAAACAUUAUUUCUAUUUCAUCAGACUCUUCCAACUUAAAAAGUAUUGAUAAAUCUAUAAAUUCUGAUAAAGAAAGUGAUUUAGAUCUUUCAGCAGGAAUGAAGUCUUUUUUAAAUAACUUACAAACAGAAGCUCAAAAUGAUAAAUUAGAUUUAAGAGAUCUAUCAUUCUCUUCAUUGAAUGAUGAUAAGCAUUGGACUAAAGUUAGAGAUAAAAAGAACAAUUUUUAUUAUUACCCUGAAAAGCCUAAAACUUUUGUAAAAUAUCCUAAAACUUUAGAAGAACUUCAAUCAAAAAAAAAAACAAGAAAACAAGAAUUAGAAGCACAAGCUAACAAAUACAAUAGCUCAAAUUUUCUUUCUCGUUGGUCUGAGUAUGAAAAUAUUGUCCUUAAACGAAAACAUCAACACGAUCUUGAGAAAAAAACGAAAUCAAGAAGACCAUUGUAA